AUGGUUUUUACUGGAACUGGAUUAACAUCGGAACAGUUUAUGAAAAAGCCGCAAAAUGAGCCUACGCUUACCUAUAAAAAAGGAAGCGAAGAACGUAAAGCGUUAGAAGAGGCUUUAAAAGAGAUGUCCGAACAAACCUUUGAAGUUCCAGUAGUUAUUGGAAAAGAAAGAAUCUAUAAUAACCUAGACGGAAAGCAGCUUGUGCCUACGGACCAUCAGAAAGUGAUUGCUCGUUAUGCAAAUGCCACUGCUGAGCAGAUAAAACAUGCUAUCGAUGUCGCUCUUGAAGCUCGGCACGAAUGGGAUCGCAAACCAAUGAGGGAACGCGCAGAAAUCUUGCUUCGCGCAGCUGACCUCUUAGCCGGAAAGUAUCGGAUGAAGGUGAACGCAGCAACCAUGCUUGGUCAAGGCAAGAAUAUUGUACAGGCAGAAAUUGAUGGGGCAUGCGAACUCACUGAUUUCUUCAGGUUUAACUCCAUGUUUGCUCUGGGAUACGAACAGUACCAACCAACGUCUACACCCACUUCUAAGAACUCCAUGAUUCUCAGAGGAUUUGAGGGCUUUGUUGCUGCCGUCACUCCAUUCAACUUCACUGCAAUUGGCGGAAAUCUUCCAACAGCACCAACUCUUAUGGGCAAUGUUGUGCUUUGGAAGCCUGCUAGUACAGCAAUCCUCAGUAAUUAUAUUGUUUAUCAAGUACUUGAAGAAGCCGGCAUGCCGCCAGGUGUUAUUUCAUUUUUGCCAUCAAAAGGAAAUGUUUUUGGACCAACAAUAACAGCCAGCCCACAUCUUGCUGCCAUCAAUUUUACUGGAUCAGUUCCUACAUUCCAGUGGCUCUGGAAAGCAGUUGCUGAUAACAUCGAUAAAUACUCAAUGGCGUCUUUUCUCCUCUCGGGUUCUCUUACAUUUCUUAAACAACUCCUAUACACUCUGCUUUUAGAAUGCGGUGGCAAAAACUUCCAUUUCAUUCACCCAUCAGCAAACUUAGACGUUGCAACAGCAUGUACGAUGCGAGCAGGUUACGAGUAUCAGGGACAGAAAUGCAGUGCUUGCUCACGUUUGUAUGUUCCCGAAAGUCUAUGGCCCGCAAUGAAAGCAAAGAUGUCUGCUAUAGCUAAAGAAAUUAAAGUGCGUGAUCCUUCAAUUUUUAUGGCUGCAAUUAUUGAUAAGAGUGCUUUCAACACGAUUGUUGAGUACAUAGAGUAUGCCAAAACAGGGGCUGAUGGCGCAGAAAUUAUUUAUGGUGGAACGUAUGACAGUUCUAAAGGGUACUUCAUUCAGCCGACUUUGGUACAAGUGAAGAACUGGGAUGCCAGAUUAUUAAAAGAGGAAAUCUUUGGCCCCAUUAUUACCGCAUACGUUUAUCCUGACAAAGACGUUGAUAAAGUUGUUAGCGGUUUGAAAGAUGCUACACCGUUUGGCCUCACUGGAGGAGUUUUCGCUGAAGACAAGGCAUUCUUGGAGAAAGCUAAGGACAUGUUGCGGGACGCAGUUGGAAAUAUGUAUCUUAACGACAAGUCUACCGGUGCAGUAGUUGGACAGCAACCGUUCGGCGGAGCUCGCAUGAGCGGCACGAAUGAUAAAGCAGGAGGUCCUCAUUAUCCGCUGAAAUGGACAUCUCCACUAUGCAUUAAGGAAACAACAGUUCCGUUGACUGAAUGGAGAUAUCCUUCAAUGGAUUAG